UGAUCUGUCAGAGUUCUCAAAAUUGUGAAAAGUUUGUUAAUGUGAAGGUGGACAUAUUUGGAUUAAAUAAAUUAAAUAAUUAAUAUAAUUCGUGGUUAAAAUAUCAUGGAAUCUAACGUAUCCGGUGCCUCGGCAUCUUCGAGAGCGACCAGAUUUAUGAUGGAAGGGGUGGGUGCUAGAGUUAUACGAGGUCCAGAUUGGAAGUGGGGCAAACAGGAUGGGGGCGAAGGACAUGUUGGUACUGUAAGAAAUUUUGAGUCCCCUGAAGAAGUAGUGGUAGUUUGGGACAAUGGUACAGCUGCCAACUACAGAUGUUCCGGAGCUUAUGAUUUGAGAAUUCUCGAUAGCGCUCCAACAGGUGUCAAACACGAGGGCACUAUGUGUGACACUUGUAGACAGCAACCAAUCUUUGGAAUUCGCUGGAAAUGUGCUGAAUGCAGUAAUUAUGAUCUUUGCUCAGUAUGUUAUCAUGGUGACAAGCAUAAUUUGCGACACAGAUUUUACCGUAUUAGUGCACCUGGGGCACAGAGAUGCUUGGUCGAACCUCGGCGCAAAAGUAAAAAACAGGCAGUAAGAGGUAUUUUCCCUGGAGCCAGAGUUGUUAGAGGGGUGGACUGGCAAUGGGAAGAUCAAGAUGGUGGUAAUGGUAGAAGAGGUAAAGUUAAUGAGAUUCAGGAUUGGUCAGCAGCCAGUCCUCGUUCUGCUGCUUAUGUUGUCUGGGACAAUGGCACUAAGAACUUGUAUAGAGUGGGAUUUGAAGGAAUGGCGGACUUAAAGGUUGUCAAUGAUGUGAAAGGACAAAAUGUUUACAAAGAACAUUUGCCUUUGUUAGGAGAAUUAGGGCCAGGACGCUCAGGGCCUCAUGGACUUCAAGUUGGUGACCAAGUUAAUGUUGACCUUGACUUGGAGAUCGUACAGUCACUGCAACAUGGUCACGGUGGAUGGACUGAUGGCAUGUUUGAGUGCCUUGGCUCCACGGGGACAGUCGUCGGUAUUGAUGAAGAUCAUGACAUUGUUGUUACUUAUGCAAGUGGCAAUAGGUGGACUUUCAACCCUGCUGUUUUAACAAAGGUAUGCGGCGGCAACAUGAGCUCGUCCCUGGCGGGCGCGGCGGGCGCGGCGGGCGGCUUCGCGGUGGGCGACCUCGUGCAGGUGUGCGCGGACCAGGAGCGAGUCAAAACUCUCCAGCGCGGACACGGCGAGUGGGCGGAGGCAAUGGCACCUACCCUUGGCAAAAUAGGUCGUGUACAGCAAAUAUACCAUGAUAAUGAUCUGAAAGUUGAAGUGUGCAAUACAUCGUGGACAUACAAUCCAAAUGCAGUAACCAAGGUGGCAUCAUCGGAUGGAAGCAUCCCAGGGAACUCGUCAGGUGAGCGCUUAUCAGCUCUUCUGAAGACGUUGUUUGAAUCCCACGUGACCGGAGACGCUAACGAGGAAUUGGUAAAGGCGGCCGCCAACGGUGACGCAGCGCGCUGUGCCGAGAUACUGGCGCGUUCUGAUGGCGCCGCUGAUGUCAACGGCGUCUAUGGCGGCCACACCGCUUUGCAGGCAGCAGCUCAAAACGGUCACGUGGAAGUGAUUCGAACACUAGUGGAGCUGGGCGCGGAGGCGGACGCGGAGGACCGCGACGGCGACCGCGCGGCGCACCACGCGGCCUUCGGGGACGAGCCCGCCGCGCUGCGCGCGCUCGCAGCCGCCGGCGCAGACCUCAAUGCCAGAAAUCGCCGCCGUCAAACGCCUCUCCAUAUAGCAGUCAACAAAGGACAUUUAGGAGUCGUACGAACACUGUUGCAGCUCAGGGUACACCCCAGUCUUCAGGAUUCUGAAGGUGACACAGCCUUGCACGAUGCUAUCACCAAGAAACGUGAUGAUAUGCUGACUCUUUUGUUGGAACACGGAGCCGACAUGACUCUUACAAACAACAAUGGAUUCAACGCCCUUCAUCACGCUGCUCUUCGAGGAAAUCCCAGCGCUAUGAAGAUAAUGCUGGGCAAGUCGCGGCCGUGGAUCGUGGACGAAGCUAAAGACGACGGCUACACGGCGUUACACCUGGCCGCGCUGAACAACCACGCUGAGGUCGCCGAGUUGCUGCUCUGCGCCGGGGCUCGGCCGUACCUGCAGAACGCUAACUUACAAACCGCAUUACACUUGGCUGUGGAGAGGCAACAUACGCAGAUAGUACGAUUGUUGGUGGCGCAUGGGGCUGACCUCAAUAUAUGUGAUAAGGACGGUGACACUCCUCUACACGAAGCGCUGCGCCACCACACGUUACAACAGUUGCGGCAACUGCAGGACGCGCGCGGGACGCCGCUGCUGACCGGACUCGCGCACACCCACGACAAGAAGUCCUCCGCGUCCAUCGCCUGCUUCUUGGCUGCUCGAGGCGCUGAUCUCACUAUUAAGAAUAAGAAAGGUCAAACUCCGUUGGACCUGUGUCCUGAUCCAAAUCUAUGUAAGACGCUUACAACUUGCCGUAAAGAUGGGACUGGUGGUAUACUGGACAAAGUUACUCCUGAAAACGAGCAGAGUUCCUUGAGCGUGGCUUGUGGUAGUAGCGCUGGUACAUCAGCGGCUCCAGAACCUUCCACGGCUGGCGGCAGUACCACGCAGUGCCAAUUCGAACUAACGUCAGACGAAUGCCUUAUUUGCUCGGACGCGAAACGUGAUACGCUGUUCCGACCAUGUGGUCACAUAUGCUGCUGCAGUGUCUGUGCUGCUAGGGUGAAAAAAUGCCUGAUAUGCCGUGCAUGCGUUUCUGGCCGGCAACGCAUCCGCGAGUGCGUGGUUUGCUCUGAAGCGCCCGCUACGGUUGUUUUUCGUCCUUGCGGCGACGUGUGCGCGUGCGUCGGCUGCGCGCCGCUCAUGCGCAAGUGCGUGGAGUGUCGCACGCCACUGCAACAACAAGCGACGACGGCCGCAAACAAUUCGAAUGCAGCGGGGUCUAGCAAUGUGCAAAAUAAACUUGACGCCGUGGAGAAGGAGAGUAACAACAGCAACCUGGUGCAAGUGACAGUGAGCAAGGUGCCCGCGCCCGCGCCGCACCUCAUGAACAAUGGCGGCGAGCACGCCAGGCCGCCGCCCGCCGACGUCAUGAAACUGCAGCAGCAGCUCCAGGACAUCAAGGAACAGACGAUGUGCCCUAUAUGCUUGGACCGGUUAAAGAACAUGAUAUUCCUUUGUGGACAUGGUAUGUGCCAAAUGUGUGGAGACCGAAUCACAGUUUGCCCAAUCUGCCGCAAGCAAGUUGAAAAACGCAUAUUACUCUAUUAGCCUAUUAUUGUUUAGGAACAUACAAUUCGUAAUAAUAUAAGACUACAGAAAUGGUUAGUUCUUUUGAAUGGCAAUUCAUAUUUUGAAAACAUAACGUUUGCAUAUUGCAUCUCAAUUCUGAGAUUAUUAUUGGCCUGUUGGCUUACUUCGCUUUUUGUAAAAGAAAUUUGGAGCCUGAUAUAUCCUGGCGAUUUAGAAAUAGACUAAUGAUAGGUUGAAAACGUUGAUUGUCAUUGUACGAAUUUAAGAAUUAAAUCGGCAAAAAUAUUAAAUAGUAAAAUGUUUUCAGUAAUAUGUACAGUGUAAUAUUCUUACUCUUCUACUUUUUUUAUUACUAGGAGACGGAACCAGUUAAUGUAGCCCUUCUCUAACUUUUCCCUUGAUCGAAAAUUACUAUUCGCUGCUGGUAAUUUCUUAAAUGAAAUGUUUGAAUUGAAGAGUCUCUUUAAAAUCGACUGAUGUUAUCUUUCUUAGGAUUUUGAUGUGUCUUAAGUAUGAGAUAAUUGAGAUAUGAGAAAAUAUUGUGAUUUUUUACGAAAUUUAUAUGUCAUUGUGCUUAGUGUGAUAUAAAAGCUUUUCAGUUCCAUUUGGAAUUAACACUCAAUACUUAUUAUAUUCAAAUACUUGUUUAGAACUGAAAAUAUGUAUUUACCCAACUUCGGAUGUUAUGGGUUUAAGCCAGAGACCAUGCAAAGGUUAUAUGGUCUGUGGUUUAGCACAUAGCAUCACAUUUUGUAAAUGACAAAGUUAAUACACAUUUAAUGCAGUUAUCACUAUAUCGAUAUUAUCGGUUUAAAUGUGUUUUAUUGUAUAUUUAGUAUUUUAUGGUAAUGGCUUCAUAUUGUUGAUGCAUUUAUUUAUAAAAAUAAGAUGUGAUGCCCCAUUUUUAUCGUUACUUUGGGGUUAAUUUUACUAAGAAAUAAGGACUGUUCAUGUUCAACUAUUUAUAGUUAUUAAAAUUUGACAAUAUUACUAUUGUAAAAUCAAGUUUUUACGGAUUAGCCGUUACAUGUUUAUUUUUAAAAUAAACGUACCUAUUAAAUAUACAUUAUAAUAGUAUUAUUAUCUCCUUGUUUAUUUUAUUAGCUUCAGUGUUAAUUCUCUGUAAAUCAAUUUGGAAUUCAUUUACACA